UUGAUUGUCGCGCAGGAGAAGCUCGCGCCCGCCACCUUCUCUCUCGCCGCUUUCCUGUAGGUUCCAGCGGGAAGGUUCGCGCCACUCCUGGUGGGGUUCGUCAGGAUCCCGCGGUUCUUCGACGGGCUGGCAGCUCUGAAGCCCACGUCCACGAUUACACUAUUCUUUAAAUGUCUCUGCUAUUGAAUCUCUUACGGCAAUUGCUGGAGUAUUAUGGUGUGGUCCCAGAACUGGCCUUGCAAAGGUGUAAAUUGUAUCUAAAUGGCUUUGUUCGUAUGACUGGAUCUCGUCUUUCUUCAAAUACCUUUUCAAGAACAUACUUCCAAGAAUUAUGUAUCAUUUCCAGGAAUUGUUUGAUAUCCUGGAUUUCAGAAGGAAAAAGCUACGGACCUACCCGAAGUUUUGUUCGUAGAUUGGGAGCAUGUCUUAAAUUAAUUCCUUUUUCAAGACCUCACUUUCAGCUGGUCCAAAAUCUGAAGUCUUUAGAGGAACAAUACAGCAUCGUUAAUUCUGUUCAACCGUCUCUUGUCGAUGCCCUGUGGAUGGUAGAUGAAGACAGAAAUCCAUGCACUAAAUUCAGAUUUGAGGAAUGGAGAGGGGUUGCCACUCCAUCUGUACUUCCUUUGCCAAUUUCUUCAAAAGAAAAAAGUGAAAAAACAACUGUUGCGGGUGAAGAUGCAUUCCAAAAAAUUCAUGUUCUUGAAAAUGAAUUAGCACAUCUUCGUAAACAGAUUGCUGCAAUUUUGGCAGCAGACAGGGCAGUAAAUGAUCAAUCCCCUUCAGAUAUUGGGAUUUCGUCAAACACUCCUAAUUGUUUCCUGCAGCCAGGAAUGUUUUCUACACCAGCUCCUACUUCUCUUUGUAAUGUAAUCAUACCUCCACCUCCAGCACUGCCACCUUCGUUUGGGUUAAAAUCUGAUUUUGAUUCCCAUAAUUCGGCAGUUCAGCUUAUUAAGCAACGUCGGGCUAUAAAGACUGAAAGGAUUAAAGAUAAGGCUGAACUUCAGCAAGUCAAAGCUAUUCCUGAUAUGAUGGAUGUUCUCAAGGAUAUAAAUAAUGUUAAACUCAGAGCUGUUGAGAAAUCUCCUGGAGGGACACCUCUACCCAAAAGAAAUAAAAUAAAGCCAUCUCAGUGGGACCCAGCAGCUUUAAUAGCAGAAGCUCUUAAAGAGAAAUUUGCAUCACAAAGCGAUGAUUCAUUUGACAAAGAGAACAGUUCUUAUGGUGCUUCACCAUUUUCUAGUCCAGAUACUCCAAUGGUUGACUGUCACAUUUUGAAACCAAGCAUGAAGUAGAGACUUAACAAAACUGAGAAACUAACAAAUGUAUCAUCUUCAAAAACAAAACUUCAUGUAUAGCCACGAUGUUGAUCUUGUGUGACCAGCUGUGACUAUUACGACUACUAUUCUUUGAUUACAUUGUACAAAGGCUUAUAAAACUAAUUGGUCUGAAUUGUG